AUGUCGCCCACCCCUGCGCCGGGCGCCGGCGCCGGCGCCAGCGAGGAGGAGUUGUCCACGGAGGUGGUGGUGGUCCGGCACGGGGAGACCGCGUGGAACGCCUCCAAAAUCGUCCAGCUAGAAAACAACGGUACAGUAUCUCUGUACACCUCCUGCUCGGCGGCGCCUAUCGGCAGUCGUUCGUUGGAGAACAAAGUCCUCGAGGACGUCUUGGAUGACGAUGACGAGGACGGGGAAGAAGACCAGGAUGAAGAUGCCCCUGCGUCCACCGCCGAACUCCUCCGCGCCUCUCUCGUCGACCCACACCGGACCAUCGAUGGUGCCGGUAGGAGCUCCACCCUGUCUCCUCUCGCCGCACCCUUCUUCCCAGCCAAGCCGUCGGCGGGCAGAUCCAAGGCUCUGCGUUGGAUGGAGCAUUCCAACGACCGUGACUUUGACUGCACACCCUCGGCCGGCCAGUCGCCGUACCUGGAAGCUGCUCGCCGGGCCAUAGAGGUGACGGCCUCCCCCGUGUCGUGUGUGGGGGGAGACCGGAGACCUCGCCUGCACAUCUGGUCGCCAUCACCAAGAAGCGGCGGCGCCGUAGUCGUAGAGCCAGGACCAGGGCAGCUGGCCCUGGUCCUCCAGUGGCGCCCCCACACCCGGCCGCUCGAGUACCCGCGCACCAGCUUAUCGGCGCACAGCCGAUCGCGCGUGUGCCCGUGCACCAGCGCCUCGGCCCGCGGGGCUGGGCGUCGGCGCUUGGAGGCCAUCAACGUCAUUGUCGUGAGCCAGGACUUGGGUCUCUUGUGA